GAGCUGUGCGUUUAGUAGUCAUAGGCUACGUCAGAGUGCCAAAUUACUGAUGGCGCAGGAGGCGGACAUAAUGAUUAAUUAUCACGGCGGAUUCGAAAAAUUAGACCGGAAAAACAGCCGUUAUCCUUAUUGUAUCGUUUGGACACCUAUUCCAAUACUGUCGUGGUUGCUCCCCUUCAUUGGUCACAUGGGGAUCUGUACUUCUGCAGGCGUGAUAAGAGACUUCGCUGGAUCGUACUUAGUGUCUGAAGAUAAUAUGGCCUUUGGAAGACCAACAAAGUACUGGAAGCUUGAUGUUGAUAAGGUGUGUGGCACUGGCUCAGCUGCCUGGGACAAAGCAGUGCACGAUGCAUCGGAGGAGUACAAAUGCAGGCCGCACAACCUCUGCUGUGAUAACUGCCACUCCCACGUGGCCCGGGCCCUCAACCUCAUGCGCUACGACAACAGAACGUCCUGGAACAUGGUCAACCUAUGCCUGCAGACCCUUAUCCAUGGCAGGCAUGUCAGCUGUGUGUCGUUCCUCAAGACCUGGCUGCCCUUCCUCAUGCUGACUGGAGCUCUCGUCACCUUCAUCCUAACACUCAACCUGCACUGACCACACGAGGGAGAUGGAGGAGGGGAGAGAUAAUACAAGGGAUUUUCCUGCUCAGUUGUAAUCAUGAAAGUGAAUGAAGAAGAGGAAUGUUCCGAUGGGACACUUC